GAGCGCGCGCGCUGGAGAUGGUGAAGAGUGAGUGAAGAGCUGGAGUGUUUCUCAAUUGCCAUAAUUUAACAUCUGUCGACAAAUGAAUGAUAGGAACGAGAUAAGACGGCAAAACUAAAGCGCAACAUGGAGAUGCGUGAACUUUGAUAGACGAUGAUGAUGAUGAUGAUUUCGCGGAACUGAAUGAACGCUUCAACAAACCAAGGACGCGAGAAACCCGCGUGCAUGGAUCUCAAAUACAUCCAUCAUCCCACGCGCGAUGCUCUCCGGGCGAAACGCAACAUUAUUCGCGUAAUGAAACUCCUCGCCUCGAGCUUUUAAUGGAGGUGGAAGGUGAAUCUCCAGACAGCGAGCUUGAGUUUUAGUCGCCGUUAGUUUCAGAUCUCAUGGCUCCAGUUGGAGACGCCAGCGCUUCUCGGCGAGAUUUGAGGGACAUGUGCGCUCUCCAGCAGCAAUAAUACGGGGCAUGAAAGGAAAACUGGGUGUCUGCAACACACGGUUGAUAAAAGCAAUAAAUCUGUACUGAACAGAAGUGACCCGUGCGUUGCGCAAUGAGAAACUUCAGGGGAAGACCGUCACCCGCGCCUCGUGAUGUUUUGAAGUGGGUGCGCAUCGAGGCUGCCUGAUCAACUUUUUGGAUUUAUUAUCUACAGAGAUGAGAAGCAGACCGGACGACAUUGCGCCAUCACCUGUUUUAUGAACACUGUGAUUAGUUCUCACAAAAGCACAGUAUCUUUAUUGCCUUUGGACCUGGUUUCAAUACAUUCCAGUGUUAAACAUGGAGAUCAGUCAGUUAUUUGACGCUUUUAUUUUUUGAUGCGCGAGAAUACAUAGCCAUAUCGUUUUUAUUCCUCUCAAUACGUUGGUUUCAAUAGCUCUGUUAAUUUUGCACUAUGAUGGAACCGCCACCUUGCUCGAAAAAGAGUCUGUCUCUGUCGUUGCCGGUUCCCCGGGAGGGACAGGCGACCCUUAAGCCUCCGCAGCAUCUUUGGAGACAGCCACGGACCCCCAUCAAAAUCAAACAUCGCGGUUACUCUGACACCGACCGGCAUCACCACCGACAAAUAGAGCGCUCAAAUGCCAUGGACACGAGUGACCGACCGGGGCUUAAAAAGUCACGCAUGUCCUGGCCAUCGUCGCUCCAGGGAACCCCAAGCGCAUCUAUAGGCAACUGUGCGGGGAAUAAGCGCUACGAUGGGGAGAAUGGGCCCUCUCCUGGUCGCAGCCCUAUGGAUUCGCAGGCGAGUCCUGGUCUGGUGCUCCAUCCGUCCUUCCCACAGAGUCAGAGGAGGGAAUCUUUCCUGUACCGUUCAGACUCAGACUACGAAAUGUCCCCCAAGACCAUGUCUCGAAACUCCUCCAUCAACAGCGAGGGUCACACUGAAGACCUUAUCGUCACCCCCUUUGCUCAGGUGUUGGCUAGUCUAAGAACUGUCAGAAGCAACUUCACCAUUCUCGCCAAUGUCACGACUCCCACCAACAAGAGGUCGCCAGUGACAAGCCAACCCACCGUUCCCCCAGCAACGCUCUCAGAUGAGACAUACCAGCAGCUGGCCGUGGAGACUCUGGAGGAACUGGAUUGGUGUUUGGACCAGCUGGAGACCAUUCAGACUCACCGCUCUGUUAGCGAGAUGGCCUCCAACAAGUUCAAGAGGAUGUUAAACAGGGAACUGUCUCAUCUAUCUGAGACGAGUCGCUCGGGGAAUCAGGUGUCUGAAUACAUCUCCACUACUUUCCUAGACAAACAGAACGAGGUGGAUAUCCCGUCCCCUACACAGCGGGAGCGAGACAAACCGAUGUCCCACAUCAGUGGCGUCAAGAAGCUCACGCACAGCUCCAGCCUAACAAGUGCAGCCCUGCCACGCUUCGGGGUCAAGACCGAGCAGGAGGACGCGUUGGCCAGGGAGCUGAAUGACUUAAACAAGUGGGGCCUUAAUAUCUUCCGUGUGGCCGAGUUUUCCAAUAGCAGACCUCUGAGUUGCAUCAUGUUUGCUAUUUUCCAGGAAAGGGAUCUGAUGAAGACCUUUCAGAUCCCGGUGGACACAUUUAUCACCUAUGUGAUGACGCUGGAAGAUCACUACCAUGCCAACGUGGCCUAUCACAACAGCCUGCAUGCCGCUGACGUCACACAGUCGACACAUGUGCUGCUCUCUACACCGGCACUGGACGCUGUUUUCACUGAUCUGGAAAUCUUGGCUGCAUUGUUUGCUGCUGCCAUCCAUGAUGUGGAUCACCCUGGAGUUUCCAACCAGUUUCUCAUCAACACCAACUCAGAACUGGCAUUAAUGUACAAUGAUGAGUCUGUGCUGGAGAACCAUCAUCUGGCUGUAGGAUUUAAGCUUCUGCAUGAGGAGAACUGUGACAUCUUUCAGAACCUCACCAAACGACAACGGCAGAGUCUACGAAAACUGGUCAUUGACAUGGUUUUGGCGACAGACAUGUCAAAGCAUAUGAGCUUACUGGCAGAUCUGAAGACAAUGGUGGAGACCAAGAAAGUGACCAGCUCUGGAGUGUUGAUGUUGGAUCAUUAUAAUGACCGAAUACAGGUCCUGAGGAACAUGGUGCACUGUGCUGACCUUAGUAACCCGACCAAACCCCUGGCAGUAUACAGGCAGUGGACUGAGCGCAUUAUGGAGGAGUUCUUCCGGCAGGGCGAUAAAGAACGAGAGCGUGGGAUGGAAAUAAGCCCCAUGUGUGACAAACACACAGCAUCCGUAGAGAAGAGUCAGGUGGGCUUUAUUGAUUAUAUUGUGCAUCCCCUGUGGGAAACCUGGGGGGACCUGGUCCACCCUGACGCUCAGGAAAUUCUGGACACCCUCGAGGACAACCGGGACUGGUACCAAAGCACCAUCCCCCAGAGCCCAUCGCCACCUCCCGACGGCCCAGAUAAUGCGCUCGAGUCCUGCGCGAACAAAUUCCAGUUUGAGCUCACCUUGGAGGGAGAGACGGCACAGGAAGACGGGACUGCCAAUCAUAACCACAUAGACAACAGCGAUAAGGAGGAAAAUAAGGAAGAUGACGAAGCAGAGGAUGACGAGCCGGAAGAAAACAUGGAGGACGGGGAGGAGGUAGCGGUGGAGAGGUCGGGGAGGAGGCGACUGCAGGUUCAGUCAGUAGUCGAGGAGGAGGACGAAAGACAGUCCGACGAGAGCCCCGUCGAGGAGACGGAAGAGGAGGAGAAACUGUCGUCUCCAACUGACGACACGUAAUACUCAAGACUCAAAAGACAGCCGUCUGGCCCACCUAGAGGGCCAAGUAGAGGCCAUACUUUAAAAACUCUGUCCCUAAUCAUUCACAUAGGACUCUUCUGUUUCUGAUAGCUAAACCAUGAACAGAACAUGUCUUGUGUACUGAUCCAAUAAGACGUUUCGUUUUUAAUUUCAAAAAGGGAACAAAACAAUAUUGAUAUCAGAGAAGUAUUUAACACAGCAACUGUAGAUUUCGAGUGGGUGCUGGAGUCUACCCGACGGAGAGGGUGAGGCUUUAAGGAGAAGCAGAAUUAUGGUGGGUUUGUAAUGGGCCAUUAAGUCAGCGUAGCACUCUGGAAUUUCCACACAUACACACACACAUCAGUCAAUAAGUACACAAACUUUAAGAGUAACGCACCUAAAAUAAGUACAUGCAAACACACAGCUGUGUGUCUGUGUAUGUGUUCAGGGGGCUUGGAUCUGAAAGAAAUCCUUUUUUUUUUUGGAAAAAGCCAUCUCAAAAUGGAGCAUCAGUGUUUAACAGGGACUCGAAUCCUUGAAAAUCAUGUGAUUGGUGAAGAGAACACAAUUUCAGAACACAAAAAGCGAAAGAAAAAAAGAGAGAUAAGACAUGGCAUGAUUUGUUUGUGGGUCUCAACCCCUUUUUCCCUUUACCCUGGAGUGCUACCAGUGCGAGAUGGCCGUGUGCCUUUCUGAACCACCAGCUUCAACUCUGGAGCUGUUGUGAAGCAAUGCAUCGUGGGACAGGAGUGUCUGCUUUUGUCUUCAUUUUUGAUUGUCUCUUUUUAAGCAAUCUAUCUCCAUUGUUUAUGGUUCGCGUGGGCAUCGUCUUUGUGAUAAUUCCUUCUCGUCUGUCAGUCUUCCUCGGCUGCUGACCGAGCAUUUGGGGCCUAGAUUAGGAUUUAUCAGCGUCAUAGCUCACAGACGGCCCUCACUUUCCGUGUGAAUAAUUAAUGAUAGUCACUUUCUGAGGAUAAGCCAUGUGACGCGUGGAAACAUAUGUUUUGCCUUCUUUUUGUUUCGUUCCAUCCAUUCCUGCCAAAUUUGCGAAAGCAACGGAGCCUCCUCAAUUUCAGCACGCACAGACUCUCUCACCUUCACCCACUCGCAGUGGUAAUACAUCCACCACAUUAUGUUUUGCCAAAGGAAUGAGCUGAUGAGUUUUAAAAGGAGGUCGGUAAAGAAAAGAUGUGCAGGGAGUCACAUGCAGCCAUAUUGAGUUUGAUGCUUUUUUGCCUUAAUGUCAACCGCAGGAUUUCUACCUGUCAUAUUGUGGAAUAAUAAGACGUUGACAUUAUAUCCCGGAGUAUUUGUUUCAUGUCUAUAUGCCUUGCUAAAUGUUUGUGAAUACACAAUAG